AGGAGGAGCUAUAAUCGUGUUUCACUCAGUAGAUUACAUGAUUUCAAUGACAGACGAUAUACAGAGAGCGCAGCUUUACUGCUGCUGACCAUAGGCAGUUAUUAUGAACUCCAGUAUGAGCAAAACUCCGACUGACAUUAUGCAAUAUCAGAAUGGGCACAAGGAUGUUGACCUCAGCAGUACCGAAGACGAGCCCCUUCUCAAAGAAAACCCAAAGCGAUUCGUCAUCUUUCCUAUUCAGUAUCCAGACAUCUGGAAAAUGUACAAACAAGCUCAGGCCUCAUUCUGGACAGUUGAGGAGGUGGAUUUAUCUAAGGACUUGGUACACUGGGACAACCUGAAGCCUGAAGAAAAACACUUUAUAUCCCAUGUAUUGGCUUUCUUUGCUGCAAGUGAUGGGAUUGUCAAUGAGAACCUGGUGCAGAGGUUCAGUCAAGAAGUGCAGCUUCCAGAGGCUCGAUCCUUUUAUGGGUUUCAGAUCCUUAUUGAAAAUGUGCACUCUGAAAUGUACGGCAUGCUCAUCAACACCUAUAUAAGGGAUUUAAAAGAGAGGGACUAUUUGUUUAAUGCAAUCCAAACCAUGCCUUGUGUAAGACAGAAAGCAGACUGGGCCUUACAGUGGAUCUCUGACACAAACUCUACAUUUGGAGAGAGAUUAGUAGCAUUUGCAGCAGUGGAAGGCAUCUUCUUUUCUGGAUCAUUUGCUGCCAUCUACUGGUUAAAGAAAAGAGGUUUAAUGCCUGGGCUCACCUACUCGAAUGAGCUCAUCAGCAGAGAUGAGGGUCUGCACUGUAAUUUUGCAUGUCUAAUGUACAGCUAUUUGGUGAAAAAACCUUCUUCUGACAGAGUGAAGGACAUCAUUACAAAAGCUGUGAGCAUUGAACAGGAGUUUCUCACAGAAGCCUUACCAGUCAACUUGAUUGGGAUGAACUGCACUCUCAUGAAGCAAUACAUUGAAUUUGUGGCUGACAGGUUGCUAACAGAUUUGGGUUUGCCAAAGGUUUACCAAUCAGAAAACCCCUUCGACUUCAUGGAGUCAAUUUCAUUGGAGGGGAAAACAAACUUCUUCGAGAAGCAAGUGGCCGAAUACCAGCGACUUGGAGUGAUGUCAAACAUGAUGGACUGUGAAUUCACUCUUGAUGCAGAUUUCUAACACCGAGUAUUUAUUUAUUUGGCAGCUACAGAAAAAUUUUAGUCAGUUUAUAGUGUUAAGAAAUUAUCACUCAGGAACUGAAAAAUAAAUACUACUUUUUUGUUUUGUUUCACAUAAUACUUUUAAUACAUUGAUUUGGCGAUUCUUUUAGCAAGCAAAUUUGUGGCCUGGGUCUUAAAGGGAUAGUUCACCCAAAAAGGAUAAUUCUGUCAUUAUUUAUUCACCCUCAUGCCGCUUCAACUCAUAUGACUUUCUCUCUUCUGCGGAACACAAACAAAUAUAUUUUGAAGGAUGUAUAAUAUGUUUUCAAGUCAGUAGGGUC